UAGUAUAUGUUCUUGAGUGCUAAAAGUACACAUACAUAAUUAAGAGAUUUUUCUUAUGGAUUCUACGGAGAUGUGAAGCUGUAAAGCUAAUAGUCAAAAUUCGGUGAAAUGUUUUAUCGGUAAAUGAUGUUUUCGGUAAUAUAUACAAAUGAGUUUCAAGUGGUCCAGAAAAUUUCUAUGACAGACAGAUAUUCAAGAAGGUCAAUCAUAUAACUCCUGUGUACGAGAAGGAUUUUAAGCUGGUUCAAGUGUUAUUCCAAUAGGUUAGGAGCAAAGAAGCUUGUCAUGUCAUGGGAGAGCAUUGAUUCUAAGGAUCUGCUUAGCAUCCCACCUAGCCAGAAUCUGUCUGCAACACAUUUAUUAACUUCACCUGAUGGAUCUCGUUACCUGUUGGAAAAUUCAAACGACCUUUGUCAAUUAGAUGAAAGUUUUUCCCGACUGGCCGGAUAUGGGUCCAGUCCUGACGUGGGAUCCCGUUCCCUCUGGGCUGGUCAGGGUGUUUUACGGUCAGGUUCUGUAAUCAGUUGCUUUUUGUUCUGCCAACAAAGCCUCAAGCAGUACAUAGCAAAACGCAAGAUUGAGCGAGGAAGACGUUUAUAUGAGCAAAACAACCAAACAGAGGCCGUGCGUACUUGGCGUAGUGCCCUUAAAGGAACCUGUCAGCCAGAGGACUGCUUCCAGCUACUAGGAUACUUGUACCAGGCCCACAUGGACUGGGGCAAAUUUCGUGAAGCUAUUGAAUUUGGCCACCAGCAGCUUGGAAUUUCAGAAGAACUGGAUUCGCCAAAUAUGCGUGCUGAGACGUACCUAAACCUCAGCAGAGCUCACGCUUGUUUGGGAGGCCUGGAGCGAUCACUGAGCUAUGCUAGGCACUCACUUUACAAUGAGUGCGGCACUAAAUGCCGAAGUGGACUUGUCCAUUUGACGGUUGCACGAGUGUAUCUUGAAAUGGGUGGAUUCACCAGGGCAUUGGAGGGCUUGCAGGGAGCCUACAAGAUAGCUACAGCCGUUGGAGAUCCGUCUCUAGAGUUACAAGUGUAUGUCGCACUGUCUGAGCUUUUUGGACGGCUCCAGGAUAACGAUAAAAGCGCAUCUUAUGCUUCUAAGGCGUACGAUUUAUCUCGUUCCUUACAGCUGGGUGACCUUAACUCAUGCCACCAUAGAGCCGCGUUAUUGCGAAUGGCUGCAUCUCUGCGAAAGAAGGGCGAGCUCGGAGAUGCACAGGAUUAUUGCAAGGAAGCCACAAAGCUGUCCCUUAUAUCUGGAGAUCAGGCCACAUACACGCGAAGUAUUCGCGUUAUGGGUGACAUUUACCGGAAGAAAAUGGAUAUGGACCGUGCGUUCCGGCAAUACGAACAAGCUAUGGGUACGUCAGCCAGUUUGGGGGACCGCAUGGCUCAAAUGGAGGCUAUGGACGGAGCUGCCCGUUGCCUGGAAACACUACGUCUUCAAAACAAAAUCUGCAACUGCAGACCGUUGGAGUUUAACACUCGGCUUCUGGAAGUUGCUAGCUCAAUUGGCGCAAAGUUUCUGGUUCGUAAGAUCCGUUGUCGCUUGGCUUUGAUCUACCGCGCUUUGGGGGACGAGGAUCAAUACAAUACUCAUUUUCGUUUGGCAAACCAAACGGACGCUGCGCUUGGCUUGAACUGCGGAGCGUGUGGGGAGUUGUUCGGUCUUCGGCCAGAAAAUUUGGAAGCUUUGCCAUGUGCACAUAUUCUUCAUGCAAGGUGUGCUUACGAAAUAUUACGACGUCGGGACAAAAGUACACCGCGAUCAUGCCCCGCCUGUAAUAAGAUGGUGAGUUCACGCACACAUCUUUGCGGCUCCAUACCGGUAGAGAGUGAAAGUACCGACGGAGGCAGCGCCGUCACGGUUACCCUCAACGCCAACGCUCUCUCAGUCGAUGGUCUCCUGGGAAUAGGCUCCGACAUCCUCCUACCCUCGGCCGCGUUUUCCCACGCCAACAAACCGGCACCGGAUAACGAGAACUGCUCUUUGUUGUCUCCCAAAGUUAUGUACCACAGCAACUUAUCCUUGACUUCGUUAAGUAUGCGCGCAUCUAGCCUGACGAUCGACAGCGGUCAAAAUGUUACUUCCUCUGUGUGAAGUAAACACUAGAACUUGUUUUAGAGAAUGCAUUCUCCUGGAUCCUUUGAAGGAACAAGCCGACGUCGACCACGACGAAGCCAAAAUUAAAUAUCAGGAUCGUGAUUUUAUCGCUCGUUAUUAUAGAUAGUUUUUCUUUCGUAUUAUAGAAAAUUGCAUUUAAAAUGCACACAAAAGUUAACAGCGAUUUUAGUUACUACCAAUCUAAGCCCACUAUGAACAACUGAGAAAGCCAGCAUUUUCACUACGGGUUACGCUUAAAUCCUUAAUUCUUAAACAAAGUACCUUACCUUAGCUAAUACUCGAAAACGUCUUGUGUAUUGUUCAUGUUUUAAGAUAAAAGUAUUUGCAGGUACAAUUAGAUUGUUCUUAUAUAUGUAUGUAUGUGCACACAGAAAACAUAUAUAAGCUGAAAUAAAUCAUUACUAUGUGUUACUAACACAUAUUGUUAAAAACUGGAGCUCCCACUAAUAAAGAAAUUAAUUCUUGUCAAUA